CUCACGUGAUUCUGGGUAAAAAAGAUGAUGCAAGACAGCCCCAUCUGCAUCCCCACUGUCAGCAAUGACAGGGACUGGGAUUACUGCUUCCAUCUGUCACAACAAACCAAGAAUCCAUCACACCAGCAAACAGAGGAAUGGUACUCCCCAAGUGCGUCUGGAGAAAGUGGCGAGGACACAGAUCCCAAGGAGGAAGCCAUAAGCAUUUGGUCUCUUCCCGUGGAAAAAUUAGCCCAGUCACAGAAGAAAGUAACUCAGCUGAUUAAGGACAAAAUGAACAUCCAAGCAAACAAGGAACUGAUUCGCUGUGUCAGCCUUUCGCGGAUUAUUUUUGGAGAAGAACACUGGAAAUGUGCACAGGCAGUGGCCAGCUUGGCGUAUGGCUACCUGACACUGAGAGGACUUCCGUGUCAGGCCAAGAAACAUGCCGAGUCCGCCAAGACCAUACUGCUGACCUGGAAGGGAAACAUCACGUCAGACAAGGAGAACAAGGAAAUCCUGGAAGCUCUCGUCAUGAUCUACUAUACCCUGGGAGUGGCCUGGCUCCUGCAGAACCAUGGCCGAGAGGCUUAUAUCAACCUGCAGAAGGCAGAGAGAAACAUGAAGGAGCUUCGAGAAUUCUACCAAGGGAGCAGCUGUGGGUUCCAGGUCUCAGAAAACGACCUCACAGUUGCCUUGGGCAGAGCCUCCUUGGCCACCCAGAGGUUGAAUCUAGCUCUGGCAUACUUUGAAAAAGCAAUUGGCAAUGUGAUUACUGCUAAGGGUGAUCGGACCUCAGAUCUGGAAAGCCUCUAUGAGGAAAUUGCUCAGAUUGAGCAGCUGAGGAAGACCCACAACCAAGGCAUCCAAUACAUGCAGCAGUCCCAUUAUAUCUAUAUUUCUUCGUUCAUUGAAGCCAGUCCCCAAACUCAGAGAAUUUGCAUAAUUAGCCAACGCUACGCCAUGUCAGGAGUGAUCUAACACAUGGAUGUUGUUGAAGUAUUUUUUAUGAAAAGUAUCACUGCACAUCAAGCAACAUUAGGCCCAGAGGAAUAUGAAACACUGACAAUCACUGAAGACUUUUGAAAAUAGCCUAUACAAAAUGGGGAAAGGGAGGUUUACAGACUGCUGAAGUCUUCUCUGAAGUCUCAUACGAUUUGCUUUUCCAAAGUAGCGCUCAGAAAGGCAAUUCAUUUGUUAAGGAAGUGCCUGAUGACUCAAAUCAUUUUGUUUGGAAGUGAGCACAGUAGAAGCAGUGAGACCAGAAACCUCCUUAGCCUCCUGCUGAGGUUAAGCUCUGCCACAGCCAUCAACUAG